GUGAAAUCAGGUCCUGGAUAAAUCAAAGUUUUCUCAGCUAUUUACACUCUUUACUAGUGUUGACUUCAUUUGGUUCAGUAAGAUCUCAAACAUGGCUCAGCAGGAAUACAAAAUGCUUGGUGACAAAAUGUUCACCUACAAAGGAACUGUCAUAGCUUUGGCAGACAAUCAUGAUCUUACUCCAGAAUAUAUUGACAGUUUAGAGGAUUUUGAAACAAAGGAUGAUGAUGUCUUUGUUGUUACCUUCCCCAAAUCUGGUACGGUGUGGACCCAACGGCUCAUGACCUUAAUAUAUGCUGAAGAUUUCCCGGACAAAGCCAACCAAAUCACCCAUGACCAGAUGCCAUGGCUAGAGUAUCGAUCAAUGGAUAAAAAUUACAACACACGUCCAUCUCCAAGACUCUUCUGCUCCCAUUUACUCCAGCCGCUGAUGCCCAAAAUGCUGCAAGGAAAAGGAAAAGUCAUCUAUGUCAUGAGAAACCCAAAAGACAUCAUGGUGUCAUAUUUCCAUUUUUCCAACAACAUGAAAAACCUGGAUUCUUCCAAGAACUUUGAUGAGAUGCUGGACAAAUUCUUCACAGGAUGGAUGAUUGGUGGCUGUUGGUUUGACCAUGUUAAAGGAUGGAUCACAAAUAAAGACAAAUACAACAUCCUGAUUAUUACUUAUGAAGAAAUGAUCAAGGACCUCAGAUCCAUCGUUGUGAAAAUCUGUGAGUUUGUGGGAAAGAAUCUGUCAGAUGCAGCGAUUGAUAAAGUGGUGGAAACAGCCACAUUCAAGCACAUGAAGAAAGACCCCUUGGCCAACUAUGAAUUCCUUCCUCAGCAUAUCACAGAGCAUCCAAAAGGACUUUUUGUGCGCAAAGGAACAGUUGGGGACUGGAAGAACUCUUUAACUGUGGCUCAGAGUGAAUGUUUUGACCGCGUCUACCAAGAAAGAAUGAAGGACGUACCUUUUAACUUCGUAUGGGACAUCUCAGAAUUGCAUGACUGAAAACUCAAGCUGUGAUAUACCAUCCAUUAUACAAACUAAUAAAGAUAAAACUCUAUCACAAUAAUAAAGGGAAGGCAUAAUAUUGUGAAUAUAUAUAUAUAUAUAUAUACAUACAUAAUGAAAUAAUUAAAUGCAGAAAU